AUGGGCGCACAGAGUGACGUGUCUGUACACAAGAACGAGAUCAACUCAUCAGAGAAUAGCCCAGUAGAAGUCAAGCACUUAGAGGAUGCAGCGGCUCAGGAUGGCAACCUUGUCUACGACGGCGAUGAGGAGCCUGAAAUUCACAUGCGGACGUGGAUAGCGUUGGCCGCGAUGUUUCUGUUGAAUUAUGUUCAAGUCAUCGCCCUUCAAGGCCCUCCAGCAGUGCUCUCGUACAUCGGCAAGAGCCUCAAUGGUACCCAAGCGGAGACUUGGGUGCCUAACUCCUUAUCACUCGUGCAAGCAGUUGUGUCUCCUUUGAUCGCGUCGGCCUCCGAUACUUUCCAAGCCAGGAAGACCAUCUUGGUUGGGAGCUCACUUGUCUCAUUCGUUGGGGCAGCUAUCGCACCUGGAUCGAAAGACAUAUACAGGCUCAUUGCUUCUCAGGUUUUGAUUGGAUUUGGUUUCGCGUCAGUACCACUCGCAUACUGUGUUCCGAGCGAGAUCUUGCCUAGGAAAUGGAGGCCAAUGGCUCAAGCUGGCAUCAACAUUGCCGCGGCUUUAGGAGCUAUCUCGGGCCCUUUAAUGAUCGGAGCCUUGACAAGAGGGGACAUUGAGAACGGAUGGCGCAAGUUUUACUGGAUUCAGAUGGCUGCUUGGGGACUGACCGCUAUCGGCAUUUUCACCGGAUACAAGCCACCUAAAAGACAUACACGACUUGAUCACUUGACCUUCUAUCAGAAGUUGGGACAGCUCGAUCUUCCUGGCUUCGGUCUCUUGACUACUGGGCUUGCCCUCUUUUUGACUGGCCUCAAUCUCGGAGGUGGCCUUUAUACCUGGACGAACAGUCGUGUUCUGGGCACGCUCGUCGCUGGUCUAGUCAUCCUUGUCGGCUUCGGGACCUAUGAGUGGAAGGUGACCAAGUCUGGCAUUCUGAACCACGAACUCUUCCGUGGUGGCAAAUCUGCUGGUCGCACUUUCGCUCUUUGCAUUUUUCUCAUCUUCAUCGAAGGCGUGUUACUGUUCUCUUACAUUGUUUUCUAUCCUGUCAUGAGUUCAAAUCUCUUUGAGACUGAUCCGUUCCUGCUAACAGCUCGUUCACAACCUUUUUGGGUAGGUUGCUUAGUUACUACAGUCCUAUGGGGCUACUGGAGCACACGCUUUCGAACCAUCAGAUCGCCUCUCUUUGCCGGAUUUUUACUUUUUACUGCCGGAAUGGUCGGAAUAGCCACCAUUGAGCCAAGUGACAAUUUCAGUUCACUCGCUUUCGCAGCUCUUGCUGGGGCUGGAUUUGGUGCACCUCUAAUCUUGAUUAUCACAGGAGUACAACUGUCGACUCCUCACCAUUUAAUUGCAACAGCUACAGCAGUAACGACCUCAUCUCGAGCUGUUGCGGCCACAAUAUUUACUGCAAUAUACGCUGCAGCUUUCUCACAGCGUAUUCAGGACAAGCUACCAGCUUAUAUCGCUGCUGCGGCGCAAAGUGCUGGCCUUCCAGCCGCAUCACUUGAUGCUUUUCUUAGUGCUUUCAUGGCCAACGAUCAACGAGCUUUGACACAAGUCCCAGGGUUCUCGCCGUCCGUUGCUAUAGCAGCUCUCGAGGCAACGAAGCAGGCCUUUGCAGAUUCACUGAGGGUUAUUUACAUCAUUGCUGCCCCAUUCGGGAUAGUCGCCUGCGUGCUUUGCCUUUUCCUAGGUGAUUUGAAAAAGACUAUGAACUACCAUGUGGAUGCACCUGUGGAGGAUCUUCACGCGAAGAGUCAAGGAGCGUUCUCAGAGUCUACAGUCAAACCUGUUGUGGGAGUAUGA